AACAUCCAUAAUUAUUGUUUACGAACGACUUCUUUGUUUUAACCCCAAACAGAGUAGUGCGCGCGCGUGUGCGAGAAAGAGAGACUCUAUCGUGAAUUCGAAAUGACAACGGUGGCAGCAGCAAUAGCACCUUGGUUGCACUUGCACCCUCGAAACCAAGCUGCAUUAGCAUCGCCUCUAAACGCUGCGUUUUGGUUCCACCAGAAGAAGCAGCAGAAGAAGAAGCCCAUGUCGUGGUCAAUUUCUGCUCACUCCUCACCUUUCGACCUCUCUCCUCCUCCUAUCGACCACGAUUUCCUCGAUACUGUCAAAACUGCAGGCGCAGAGGUUUCUGGGGAAGGGAUUGUUGAGACAUUUCAUAAUGAUGAUGAAGCACUGGAUGCCAUAGACAAUGGGGUUGUGGUUGUGGAUCUUUCACACUUUGGCCGGAUAAGAGUAAGUGGAGAAGAUCGCAUUCAGUUCCUUCACAACCAAAGUACUGCAAACUUUGAAUGUCUACAUGAAGGACAAGGAUGUGACACGGUUUUUGUAACACCAACAGCUCGUACAAUAGAUAUUGCACAUGCAUGGCUCAUGAAAAAUGCGAUAUCAUUAGUGGUUUCACCAGAGACCUGUAGGACCAUUACUGAAAUGCUGAACAAGUACAUAUUUUUUGCUGAUAAGGUAGAGAUUCAGGACAUAACUAAGCAAACCAGCUUUUUUGUUUUGGUGGGACCCAAAAGUGGCCAAGUGAUGGAGAACUUGAACAUUGGUGAUCUCGUUGGAAAACCAUAUGGCACACAUCAACAUUUUAAUGUUGAUAGGCAGCCUGUAACUAUAGGGGUUGGAAACAUCAUUUCUGAAGGUGGUUUUUCAUUACUGAUGUCUCCAGCGGCUGCUCCAUCUAUUUGGAAAGCUAUUCUUACUCAAGGGGCUAUCCCAAUGGGUUCUAAUGCAUGGAAUAAAUUGCGGAUUAUUCGAGGAAGGCCUGCUCCUGGAAUGGAGCUUACAAAUGAAUUCAAUGUCCUGGAGGCCUGUCUAUGGAGCUCAAUUUCUCUAAAUAAGGGUUGUUACAAAGGACAGGAGACUAUAUCUAGGCUCAUAACAUAUGACGGAAUCAAGCAGAGGUUAUGGGGAUUUCAUCUUUCUGCAGCUGCAGAACCUGGCAGCAUUAUUAUGGUUAAUGGGAAAAAGGUUGGAAAGUUGACUAGCUACACAUCCGGAAGGAAGCACUCUGAACACUUUGGAUUAGGUUACAUCAAGAGGCAAGCUGCUUCAGAAGGAGACACUGUAAUUAUUGGAGACAACAUCAAGGGAACAAUGGUGGAAGUACCUUUUCUUUCUCAGCAACGCCCACCAUCUGCUAAUUGAAUUAUAAGGGUGCAUGGAAUGUAGAUAUAUCGUUGUUGUGCUUCAGUGUGGUGACGAUUAUUGGUGAAUAAAUGCAUGCAUAAUAAUAGUAAUUUUUUUAAACUGUUAAUGAAAGGCUUUUUUGUUAUAUUUAUCAUGUUUGCGGUACAUUAGUGCAUCUGUGUAGAACUCUGGUCAAUCGCAUCAAUCUUGGAUAAUAUUAGCAUUUUUUUUC